AUGGAGCUGCCCCAGCCCGACCGCGCCGCGCCGAGCCUGGCUCUCAGUCCGGCCGGCGUGCGCGGUGGCGCCGAGCGUCCGAGCCACCUCCCGGACCUCCGGCUGGGCGCUCGUGGCCUCCUGGGAUCCCCGGAGCGCGCGGUCACUUCCUCGCCGGUCGCCACCCUCACGCAGACCAUGCACAACCUCGCUGGGCUCGGCAGGGAGACCCCAAAGAGUCAGGUAGGCAGCCUGCUCACAUGCCUAUCCCUGUCCCCGCGGCGAGCGUCUGCAUCCUCCCUGUCGUCUGAGUCCUCUGAAUCUUCUGAUGCAGGUGUCUGCAUGGAUUCUCCCAGCCCCAUGGACUCCCAGAUGGCGGAGCAGACGUUUGAACAGACUAUUCAGGCAGCUAGCCAGCUUAUUCGAAACAAGCAGAUCACCAUCCGACGUUUCCAGUCCUUGCCGGUGAGGCUUCUGGGCCACAGCCCUGUGCUACGGAACAUCACCAAUGCCCAAGCGCCUGGCAGAUGGAAGAGCGAGACUCGUGGCCAAACUGCCCACAGCUCUGGGGAGGAUAAAGAGAAUGUACGCUCCUGGCAGGCCAGAGUGGGAACACUCCAGGGAGAGAAGGGGGCAUGCUGGGGUGGUUCCCUGGCAUUUGAUGACCCCCCACCCCCUUCUUGCCCACAGGAUGGAUUUGUCUUCAAGAUGCCAUGGAAGCCCACACAUCCCAGCCACACCCAUGCUUUGGCUGAGUGGACCAGCCGCAGAGAAGCCUUUGCCCAGAGGCCAAGCUCGGCCCCCGACCUGAUGUGUCUUACCCCUGAGCGGAAGAUGGAAGUAGAGGAGCUGAGUCCCCUGGCCCAACGCUUCCCCCUGACCCCCACCAAGGGGGCACCUGACGAAGAUGAUGGGUUUGUGGACAUCCUGGAGAGUGACUUAAAGGAUGAUGAUUCAGUUCCCCCAGGCAUGGAGAACCUCAUUAGUGCCCCACUGGUCAAGACUUCGGAAAAGGAAGAGGAGCAGGACCUCAUCAUGUACAGCAAGUGCCAGCGGCUCUUCCGCUCUCCGUCCAUGCCCUGUGGUGUGAUCCGACCCAUCCUGAAGAGGCUGGAGCGGCCCCAGGACAGGGACCUGCCUGUGCAGAACAAGCGGAGGAGGAGUGUGACCCCUCUGGAGGAGCAGCAGGAGACUGAGGAACCUAAAGCUCGUGUCCUCCGCUCCAAGUCCUUGUGUCACAACGAGAUUGAGAGCAUCCUGGACAGUGACCACCGUGAACUGAUUGGGGAUUACUCUAAGGCCUUCCUCCUACAGACUGUGGAUGGGAAGCACCAAGACCUCAAGUACAUCUCACCAGAAACAAUGGUGGCCCUGAUGAUGGGCAAGUUCAGCAACAUUGUGGAGAGGUUUGUAAUUUUGGACUGCAGAUACCCCUAUGAGUAUGAAGGCGGACACAUCAAGACUGCUGUGAACCUGCCCCUGGAACAGGACGCCGAGAUGUUCCUGCUGCAGAGCCCCAUCACACCCUGCAGUCUGGACAAGAGAGUCAUCCUCAUUUUCCACUGUGAAUUCUCAUCUGAGCGUGGACCCCGGAUGUGCCGUUUCAUCAGGGAACGAGAUCGGACCAUCAAUGUCUACCCCAGCCUCUACUAUCCGGAGAUGUACAUCCUCAAAGGCGGCUACAAGGACUUCUUCCCACAGCACCCGACCUUCUGUGAACCCCAGGAUUAUCGGCCCAUGAACCACGAGGCCUUCAAGGACAAGCUGAGGACCUUCCGCCUCAAGACCCGCAGCUGGGCUGGGGAGCGGAGCCGGAGGGAGCUCUGCAGCCGCCUGCAGGACCAGUGAAAGGCCCGCCACGGACUCACCUGCCUUCAGUGCCUGACUGGCCUGAGCACCGGCCACCCGGGGGCCUGUAGGACUGAGGGUCUGCUGGAGGCCCCAGGGCCUGUCCAGGGAAAGACUGAGGGUGUGCUGUCCAUUUGCCCCCAGCCCUGAUCCCCUGGUCUCACUCCAGCCGUAUUCCAUAUCCUGGUGCCAUCCCGCUACCAACACCCCAGCCCCUAGAAGAACCCCGCCUGUCGACUUAGUGGAAUUGGAUUAAGUCCAACUCAAAGGAAGUAUUUUGUGUUCAGCAGGAGCCUUUUCACUUUUCUCUUUCUUGUUUGGAUUAACCAUUUGUCUUCCUGUGUCCAGAAAAGCCCCCUUUUUUCUAGGGGCUUUGUUUGUAUGUAUGAGGCUGGGGGAAGCCACAGCGCCCGCCACGGUGGGCAGAGCUGCGCUCCUCCCUUCCUGGGAGUGGCACGGUGCCCGGCCCUCACAGCACUCCCGCGUGUGUCUGCGUUUUCGCUUUCUCGUUGCUUCUUUCCUGUCCCUCCUUCUGUGCACCUGCAGCACAGACAUAAGCUCUUAUUCUUCCUGUUUCAGUGUUACCUGCGUGCUUGAUUUUGUCUGAUUUUUUUGCCCAUCUCAGGACAUUCACAGGUGGUCAGGCAGUCACCCUCACCCUAAGAGAAGGCAGGGCUGCCCCACCCAAAGUUACCCAUUAGGCUCCCCCUGUCCAUUUGGGGUUAGAGACUCAAACCUUAAUUCCCCAACUGGCCUGUUUUCUGUUGCCUCGGAAAGGGAUGUGAUUCGAGGGGUGCCCUGGGUGAGGGUAAGGCCUGUGUCCUGAACCUCAAUGGAAGCCCAACCCCUACUGCUGUGAACCCUGGGGCCUGACUUCUGAGAACGUACUGCUGUCUUGUGGAUGGACAGAGGGAUGAACGAACGGGUGGAUGGAUGAAUGGUAAAUGGAUGGAUGGCCGUAGACUUGCACAUACAAACCACUGAGUGGAAGCGUUUCAGUGAGUGGGACAGCCUUCGGCAGGAGUCUAUGUGGAUAAAAUCUUUACACUUUAAGGUUUGGAAAUAUCUAAGAGGAAAUGUCAUUGAAGCAGCUAAACCAAGGACAGAACCACCUCUGACUUAACCUCAGGAUGUGGGAAGGGCUGUGCUUGAAGGCCCUGAUGAGUCAUCUGCUAGGGCCUUGUUUCAAUAAAGCACUGAACAAGAUGAGCAACCA